UUACAACAAGCAAGGGGAUACUGAGGACCUAUUCUAACCUGGAUCCCCACGGGUAUUCUGAAUCAGCCAUGUUUCGCAAUUCUGAUUUUACCUGCCUGUUAUACUUUAUACGAUCGACACAUACACAUGUGUGACAGCCAAACAAUCAGUACCAGCAAGUACAUAUUAAUUUUAUAAAAUAAAAGGGUAAAUAUCUUGUAUUGAUAUAUUAAUUAAAAAUUUAAAUUAUGAACCGAUUGUCCUAGCGAAAAAAUGUCCUGUGUUGUGGCAUUGUCGAUGGACAAAACAUGACAUAUCAGAUCAUAUCAAUAGGACGGUAAUUUUAUAAGCAAGAGUCAUGACCACAUUUGCAAUCCUUACAGAUCACAUGCGUACAUAACCGAAUACAUGAGCAGCUGCCCACAUGUAUACACUUAUUUGUAAGAUAAUUUUUAUGCUUCCCGAAAAUGUUUGGGGGAACAUAUAGUUGUUUCAAUAGUUCUUGUUAUAAAAGUUACCAUCUCCCAGAGUUCCCGAAACGCGCCGGUCCAUCGGGCAUCCCCGAUAAAUUUUGAAUGGGGCCGGCAAAAUCCAAAUUUUAUCGGUCAAAAUGUCCGGCAGAUUUUAUGGACUAUUUUGAAAUUUAAAAACAUCUGAACAAAUAUAACUAAAUGUAAUAGUCAUUUUAUUAGUUACAAAAAAUAACUAUUAAUUAAAAGUGGAGGGAAAAGCCAAACAAACGCGUAGUUUUAUUUUUUUAAUCCGGAUAAAUUCGCGGGUUCUUUUUUUACACACGUACCACAAUUUCCUAUUGGAGUUGACCAACAUUGGGCAUGUGGCCGAUAAAGUGGAAUUCGGGUGCCACAUGUACUAAAAGAAAAGAAAAAGACGGUCAGAAAGACAAUGAUGGGGAUAAAGGAAGUAAGAGGGAAAGAAAAUUCCACAAGAAAUGGCUAGAUGAUUGGAAAUGGCUGGUCUAUGAUGGAUAUAUGAUGUUUUGCAAAAAAAAUAUGGAAAUAAGCUGAACACUGUUAAGUGGACACAUGUUUGGAAUUGCUUUUCUGACAUGGGCAUCCAGGACAUUCUAACUGUUAUGGACUUACUGCGUACACUCCCUGCCACUUCUGUUGUCAAUGAGGCCUCCUUCAACCAGAUGAAAAUGACCAAGACAAACAGGAGACAGCGUUUGAGUAACAAGCACCUUGAUGAUUGCAUGGUUAUUCAGCUGGAGUCGACUGAUAUUUUGAACUUUGAUCCAACAGAAGCAAUUAAUAAAUGGAUGACAUCAAGUAAGCAGCCAAGAAGAUUGACCUACGCUAGAUCUACUUGCAACAAGAACAGCGAACAACAAGACGAAGACAUUAUGAUUCAGGAAGUGACACAGGAUGAGGAACCUAGGAAUACAACAGUUGCUGAAUCGGACCCUGAGACUGCAGAUGACUGUGACUACGAGACGGACUGUGACUCUGACAACGAACAGACAGAAGACUUUAAUGACAGAGCAAUUGAACAAACUGUGCAUGAAAUGGAAAUAGAAAUAAAUUAUUAGUCCGAUCUA